AUUAACUGGAGUUUCAGUAAUUCACCAAUGGAAUAUACAUAGCUAAAAUGACAAAAAAAAAAAAGAAGAAAAACUAAAAAUUGAUUUGGCCCCUCCUUCCAUAUUCCCACAAUCCGCAAUAUUAGCCCCUCCUUCCUCCCCUAAUCUAGUUUUCCCACUUGUCCUUUCCUUAAACACAGUCUGAUUCCUUUGUACUUAUAAACCAUGUUUCACUUCUUCCCCUUCUUCUUCUCUUCCUCCUCAUUACAUUGGAAUUAUUACUGCUCCCAAAUCUUGAAUAUGCCAACUUCUGAAGUUUGGUUCUUUUGUUUCACUAUCAACUGAGUUGGUUUUUCUCAUCCAAAUUUUAGCCCUUUUUCUAUUUUUACCAGUAAAGAUCAAAUUUUUAUUUGCCGCUGGUGGUAGUUGUGGUGUGUAAAUUGUUGGGAUUUCUUUGGAUGUUCUGAAAAGGAUUGAAACAGAAAAGAAGAUGAGGGAUUUCCCAUCUUGUUUCAGUGAGAAUGGUGUUCAAGUUGCGGAUGCUUCUGGCAAGAGUUUAGGUAUAAGUAGAUCCUCUCCUCAGAAUUUGGUUACUUGCAUUCAUCAGUGUAAAUUGCUUGGUAGAACUUGCCAUGUUACUAUUGUUUGGAGUAGGAACUUGAUGGGUCAUUGUCUUAGUGUAGAGAUUGAUGAUUUGUUUCAUCGUUGCCUCUGUAAAGUUGAUGUGAGGCCUUCUUUAUUCUCAAAAAGAAAAGGGUCCAAGUGUUUUGAGGUUUAUUCGAGUAGAAUUGACUUGUACUGGGACCUUUCUGCAGCAACAUUUGGAUCUGGGCCAGAGCCUUUGGAGGGUUAUUAUAUUGCUGUUGUGUGCAGAGGGGAGAUUGUUUUGUUUGUUGGGGAUCUGAAGAAAGAAGCUCUGAAGAAGACUAAUGCAAUCCCUUCAAAUUCGAGUCCAUUCUUUGUUUCAAAAAGGGAGCAUCUUUUUGGCAAGAGGGUUUAUGGUACUAAAGCUCAAUUCUGGGAUAAUGGUCAAAUUCAUGAACUCAAAAUUGAGUGUGAUACUCAUGACAUUGAUGAUCCUUCCCUUAUGAUACAUAUUGAUCGUAAACCGGUGAUGCAAGUGAAUCAUAUACAUUGGAAAUUCAGGGGAAAUUUCACCAUCUUGGUGGAUGGUCUUCCUGUGGAAGUCUUAUGGGAUGUUUAUAAUUGGUUUUUUGGAAGUGCUGGCUAUGGAAAUGCAGUUUUUGUGUUUUGGAGUUGUCAAUCAGCAGAGAAGUUGUGGAGAAGUCCUAACUGGGAUGAUGAGUAUUAUGUGCAUUCUUUGCUUUCAUCUGCAGGUUAUGGUGAAUCUAAGAAACAAACAGGUCCUGAUUUUUCAUUGGUUUUGUAUGCGUGGAAGAACGAAUAGAGAGAGUAGAAACCGUAGAUUCUUUCUUUGAACUCUGUUAACAGCAUCACUAGUUCAAGAAAUUUUGAAAGUUUUGAUGAUGGAGUAGAAGAAGCCAUGAAUUCUGUUUCUUUAAGCCUAUCUGGUUAAUUUUUAUACUGAAUUUCAUUGCUUGGAAGAUAUUUAGUAUGAAGGAUUAUUUUCUUUUUCAACAUAUUUUGCUAGCUAGUGGUAGAUUUGUUUUUGAUCAUUCUUUCCAUUCAAUUUGAACCAGCUGCUCUGAAACAUAUUGAAUGCCCUGCUUGAAUCACAAAUUUUGUGCCAUUUUUCUUUUUUCUUUCUUUUUCUGAUUACCACAAUAUUGGUCUGCAACAUUGAUGAACUAACAAUCAAAAUACACAUUUUCUUUACCAUUGCUUCCGUGCCAAAAAUUUGCAGAAUGUCAAUCUCAGACAAUGCUCACCACAUGCCAUAUGGAUCAAUGAAAAGUUUGCUUCUGUGCUUACAAUUACAGGUCACAUUUAGCAAGAAUAACACUGUUACACAGUUUGACCCUAUUCAGGAUAAUAUAGGUUAGGUACUUAGGUUACCUAACUGUCUUGUGAUCUUUAAGCUGCAAAUGUUGUCAGAAAUGCUCUUGUAUAGGUUUUAAAUUGUAUAUUCUAGCUUCAUCUUCUUUGAGCAUUCUCUUUUCAUCCAGUAUUUCUCUUCA